CAAUUUCUACGGCGAAAAAAAAACAAUCAACAUGGCUGAAGAAAUACGACUUGCCCAGCCCAAGGAGUACUACAGAGCUUUCUUGGAGAAGGAAGUACGUCCUGAUGAUCGUGAAUUAGGAGAAUUUCGACCGACCGUCCUCAAUAUUGGAUGUGUUUCAACAGCUGAGGGUUCAUCUUUGGUGAAGCUUGGUAACACCACUGUCAUGUGUGGGAUUAAAGCGGAAGUUGCUGAACCUCGCUACGGGAGACCUACCGAAGGCUACAUAGUGCCCAAUGUGGAGUUAUCUCCCUUGAGCUCCCCAAACUUCCGGCCUGGUCCGCCACCGGAACAAGCUCAGGUUCUCAGUCAAAACAUGGUCGACUUCUUAGACACUUCUCAGUGCAUUAAACUAGACAGCUUAUGCAUCAGCUCUGGAAAGUUGGUCUGGGUGCUAUAUAUAGAUCUGGUGUGCCUGGACUACGAUGGCAAUGUUAUGGAUGCCUGCACUUUAGCUCUGAUGGCUGCUUUGAAAAAUACUUCCCUGCCAGUGGUGACAGUUGACGAGGACACCGGCGACGUCAAGACUCACCUCUCCACUCACAGCUCGCUCUCUGUGGACUCUUGUCCCGUCUCCACCACCUUCAUCGUCUUUGACAACACGGUUCUGCUUGUCGAUCCCACAAGAGAGGAGGAGUUGUUGGCGACGGGAGCCGUAACCGUGGUGACAGAGGGAGACAACCUGUGUAGUGUAUAUAAGCCUGGUGGCUCUCCUCUGACAGAUGAGCAGGUUGAGAUGUGUGUGGAGCGAGCGUUUGUUCGAGGGAAGGAAGCCACGGCUCUUAUCACAGACACACUCUGCUCCAUAGACAGAUAGCCAUGAAUAAAUAUUAAUAUGUACCUCCAAAUGUUUGUCUUUUUUUUUUCAUACCCCCAUACCCCCCCCCCCCCCCCCCCCCUUUUUUUUUCCUUUGCGCUCUUUUUGUUUUUUUCUUUGUUGUUGGUGAUGAUUCCAUGAAAAAGUUGUUUUGUAAAUGAACUUGUUACUUAUGUCCAGUUAACCAUUUAUGAAUAUAGUCGAGUACAGAUAACUCAAACAUGUCUAGGGUUGACAAAUGUGUUCAACCCAGCCAUUUUUCGGGUAAACUGAUAUAACGAAACAUUAAAAAGAUAUCAGAUGGGCAAUGGCAAAUUGUAUGAGCUAUCUGUAAUUUCAAGUUUUCCAUGUUUGUGUUAUCUGGGCCUAAAUGUGCGUUACGUUCAUAUUCAAAAACCUGCAUUUUCAAGAAAAUAAAAAUUUGACCAGCUGAUGGUUGGGCUACAAUUA